UUAGAAUGCCGCACACUGGCCACCGUUCAAUACUUAUUGUAAAAAAAAUAUAUAGAACCUGUGCGCCGAUAUAUACACAGUGGCACGGUACGGUGGGCUGGUCGUGCAAGCAAAAUGGCAGGCGCUAUUUCUAAAGAUGAUUUGCUAGCACGUAUAUAAUUUAAUAUUUUAACACGAUGCAGAAGGGACCUAGCACAGAGGACCCUGUAAAAUGGAGCACGAGGCUUGUCAUGACUUGGAUGAGGUCGUAUGACGACAGCAGAGAAGAAGUUAAGAAGAAGAUUUUGGAAGUCGUCGAAACAAAUGAUAUCGAUGGAUUGACGCUAAAGCAGCUGCGAGCAGACAGCGAAGAGAUUCAUACACUUUUUCCUUCGCUGAAAGAUCGUCUCACGUUCAAAGCUAUGCUCAGGGAUAUUUUCAAAGACGUUAGAUGUUCACAUUGUCACACCAAUGGAGGAUCAGCUGGAAACGCAUGCAGCCAUGAGCCACCAGCACAGAAGCCAACGCCAACACAAGCCCCAGCCCACGCCCAACAACUCAGCUCCAAGACAAAUCACGCCACUCAAGCUGUAGCCAAUCACAGGAAUGCCGCCAACCACGCCCACAACGGAGAGGCCAAUCAUAAGCCAGCAUCUAGUCACGUGUCGCGAAGAUCCCCGCUCUUGUCACCGCGCCCUCAUCCACUACCUCGACAGGACUCGCAAGAAAAUACACAGAUUGUUCAUAAUGACAAUGGUCAGCCUACCUCUCGCUCUAAGCUGAAUCCUCUCGCUGUUACCAUGGUUCCUAACGUGCAGCCCGUAAUAUCACCUAGAGAACGCGAGUUUAACUCCGCCCAGAUGCAUCGCUUCAUGUCUCCUCAAGUAUCAGGUAUCCAUAGCAACCAAAUGAUGCCUCAUGGUGCUCCCGCAGUCUCCUUUCCGUUUGCCCCCAUCGCUGGACAGUUCAAUGUGUCAGUUGCCAACCAGGCCCUUGCCGCAGCUCUUGCCGCACGAGCAUUGCCUCAUCAGCAAACGUAUCAACAGCAUCAGCAGCCAAUUGCCCAUGCCACCUCUGCAUCUACUACGGUUGGGUCCAGUCAGGCUGCCACAUCAAGAUCAGCAAUGUUUCCACCGCCAAACCACCACCACCACCACCGAUCCAUCGCACCUGUUCCCACGUCUGCUCCUCCACCUCCCCCUCCUCCCACUGUAACUCAGAGGAUCGUUGAAAUUCUCUCCAAAGAUGACAAAGACCUUCCUGCCACAUCUACUACCUCAACAGCUUCUCCUAGCGAACAUCCUCAUAGUUCUCAACAACCUCAUAAUUCUCAACAACCCACCUCAAGUAAUGUCCCAGUCACGAUGCCGCUGAUUGGAACACGCGGCCGUCCAGCCACCAAGGGGGCCAUCCGAUCCGCCAAGAUCUCACAGAAGUACAAGAAGAUCAUCCAGCGGAUGAAAUCAGCCCACAAGCAAGUGAUCGAGAUCCCCUACCCUGCACCGCUACCCAGCUUCUCCCAGCUCCUCAGGCAGCAGAUCGGACGAGGGAACAUCGCCAAUUUCCGAUCGCGUUUCACGUACGAGUGUGCCCAGUAUUACAUGAGCUUGAAUCCAACGCCCAGCCACACCGAAUAUCGUAACAUCAGCAAGACAAUCGUAGAAAACUUCCCCGUUCUGUCGUCACCAGAUGAAGAUGUGCCAUGGAGAAAGUUUAACAACCAACUCAGUCAAGCCAUACGAAACAUCCGUCGACAGCUCCGUAGCGUACCAAACUCGGGCUACCCACCGGCACAGAAGCGUAAGUAUUGGCGGAAUCUGGCUUCCCAGUUCAUGUGUAACAGCCCUAACGGUAUGACCCUGAGUCAACUCACCCAACAACAGCAACAGCAGCUAGGCCUCGUCGGCUCGUCCGGCGAACACGGCAACGGCAAUGACGACGGCGAUGACGACGACGAUGAUGAUGAUGAUGAUAACAUCAUUAUUCUGAAGGAAGAGGAUGAUGAAGAUGAUGUUGAUGAUGAUGAGAGAGGUGAUGGGAGAGACGACGAUGAAAACGAGGGUGGCGAUGUGGACGAUGGAACCACCGAUGAAAGCGACGAUGAUGACAGUGUGGUGCCUGCCGAGUGGUCUAACGUAAAGCGUGAAUAGACCGUCUCCUCUACAGAAGACAAAGGAGCAAUUACGGGCGCCAAUUGCCGUCAGAAAUAAUAAGUUUCUGAUACAGUUUUAUUGAUUACAAGUGAUCUUCACUGGAUCCAAUCUUUGAACGGGUUUAUUCAAAUGAAAAAGAAAUAAAAGCCUUUCUGCGCGUGUGCCAGAAACUAUGUUUUAGAUACAUAGAUUUAUUGUUCAACGCGUGCGGGCUGAAAAUAUAUACCUCAGAAAACUAUGUGGACAUUAAUGUAGCCAGUCGGAUCGGGCUGAUUACCGCACGCCAAUCGUGUAAAUACACGAUAUCUGGCGAUGCGUUUGCUGCUUUGUAUAUACACAAGUACCGCAUUUGAAAGGAAAGAAAUUGUUUAACGUUUUUAUGCAGCUUAGAUUUUUUAUGCAGCUUGAAUAUUUUGUACAGAAUAGCCAAAUAUAUUAUCGUAUCAUAGUUUUAUGUACUUGUACCUAAUCUUAUUUUGGGUAAGGUCAGCUGAUGUUUUACGGGAUAUGCUGCUCUUUGUCCUCACAAAAUGUCUGCAGAUUUCAAAAUUGCUGCUCGAAUUUUAUGGAAACCUAAAGCAACUGAUUUUUAUUCCUCAAAAUUGUUGAUGCACCUGAUUAUGUAUAGAUUCUAGAAGAUAUUGAAAAGAAGGAAGAAUUGAAAGAAGAGAGUUUCACAGGUCUACUGUUUUUGUUAAACUUUUCAAACAAGCUUUCAAGCCUAAAUACGAUGUCAGUUUAAAAUACAAAUAUUACAUCAUUUUUGUUUGACCGGGUCACAUGUUUUCAAAGCGUUAAAUCCGGAGUAAAUUCAAAUGAAUAGGCGCUGUCAUUUUGUCUCAUUUCAAAGUGAACAUAUUUGACUCCUAGAACUCACAGCUUUAUUUCUUAUUUUGUUGUAAUUUAUGUUACUUUGAUGAAGAUUCUAUAAUGAAGAGGCUUUAAACAGCGUCUUUGAUUGUACAAAACUAUUAAGUUUGUAUUCAUCACAUUUUAUUUCCUUUGUUGUUGUUUUAUCCAUGGACUAUUCGAUUACUUUGUGCAAGGCGUUCUCUCAUUGCUGCUAACAAAUAAAAUGGUUUAGAUAUGAUUGUGUUCGUGAUGAUAAAUGCUGCUAUAGGUAACUAUACUCUGUUGCACUAAGGGUCCAAGUUAUUGGCCGCAUUUUCCACAUCUCCGGCAAAAUUAAAAGUAUUAAAAAACGGUGAACUUUUAAAAUGCCCAUUUUCAAAAUUGUAAAAUUGCAAUCGAAAACAAAAACAUUUCACCCCCCCCCCCCAAAAAAAAAAACCUCCUCUGCCUAAAUCCUUAUUUUUGGUAAGAUAGCAACCGUAGGUCGGGCAUUACGCACCAAGCAGAUGAACGAGACCGUAGGGUGGGUUGUACCUCCUUUUUUAAAAUAGAAUAAGAAUAAAAAACGGCAUUUUUAAAUUGUCAGAAAGGAUCCGAAGUAAUUUACUUUAAUGAAAUAGCAAAAAAGACAUUUGGUGAUUUUUUUUUUCUUCAUUUCUUUUUCAUUUUGUUGCCCUUUUCUUGUUUUUCAUUGUCAGGAUCCGCCUCCCUUUUUUUGGGGGGGGGGAUAUUUCUGGGUGCCCCCCUCUACCAAAUAAAAUACAAGUGAAAGAAGGAAUUUGAAAGUAAUUUGCGCGAUUCCUCUUGACUGGAAAAAUACUACUAAUUGUGACACCUAGUGCAACAGAACAAAUGACUGAUGAUUAUUUUGAACGAUUGACUGGUCACAACUCAGCAGAGUUGACAAGGAUAAAUGCUGCGAAGAUUGUAAUGCUGCCUGUAUAUUUUUGAUUGUUUGACGAAGUAGUCUUUUGACGUCGUGUUGUGAACUUUUUCCCUAGGACGGUCUUCAUAAUAGACCACGCAAGAAAUGACUAGUGUUCUAACGUGAUGAAAAAUAGAAUUAGGCAUCAAUUGAGCUAUGGAAUUGAAG